AUGCUCAUGAAGAAAGCUAAUGCGAACUGGCGGGUCUACAUGGAUUACUCGGAUCUGAAUAAAGCUUGCCCCAAAGAUAGCUUCCCUCUUUCCAGGAUCGACCAAUUGGUCAACAGCACGACUGGGCAUGAGCUUCUCACCUUCAUGGACGCAUACUCCAGCUACAAUCAGAUAGCAAUGCACCCUCCAGAUAAACAGAAGAUGACCUUCGUCACAAACAAAGGGCUAUACUGUUACCAGGUCAUGUCGUUCAGCCUCAAAAAUGCUGGCACAACAUAUCAGAGGUUGGUCAACCAAAUGUUUGCUCAGCAGAUUGGCCAAACUAUGGAAGUUUAUGUUGAUGAUAUGCUCGUGAAGAGCAUCCGAUCAUGUAUAAGAACUCCAAGAGACCUUCUCAAUCCUGUGGCGGUAUCAGCCACUGAUAAGUGCCUCCCAACGGUUAAAGCAGAGUGGACCCUAGAUUGCGAGCAAGCCUUUCAACGGUUAAAGCAAUACUUGGGGUCAUCACCACUACUGUCCAAGCUAGAGGAAGGAGAGCCAUUGCUUAUUUAUUUGGUAGUUUUUGCGUUAGACAUCAUCUUGGCCCUUAUCAGAGAAGCUGGAGGCAAGCAACAUCCUAUCUAUUAUACCAGCAAAGCACUAGUUCUGACAGAAACGAGAUACUCGAGUAUGGAGAAGCUUGCCCUGCGUCUGGUCCUCUCUACACGGCGGUUACUCCCAUACUUUCAAGCACAUUCCAUCAUCGUUAUCACAGAUUCGCUGCUCUGA